CUAAACCUGUGAAGGAGGUCGGUUACCUUGGUUGUAUUGUUAUGGCAACAUUCAAUCGAAGAUUCCAUUUUUCAAGAACUUGGUGUACAGAAAGGUAACAAACGAAAUGUCGCUUCCAUUUCUGCCGGGAAAUAGCUUCAACAGAAAUCUUGGUAAAGAAAAGUAUCACAAAUCACAUUGCUUUGAUUAUCGAAAUGAUGUGUCUGUGUAUGUUGGCGAGCAUAAAUCUGGAAUAGGUGGAGACAGAUUACCUGGAGGGAGAGACAAGCCAAAAUCCAGUGUUUAUCCCAAGGGAGUUGGGAGCCAAGCACCAGCUUGGGUGGCGUUUGAUAGACAGGUUCUUUGUUUUGAUGCAUACUUCCAAGAAGCAGUUCAUGAGAAAAGGGAAGAGCAAUACAGAAUAAGAAAGUGCAAAAUCUAUUUCUACUUGGAGGAUGAUAGCAUUCAAGUCAUUGAACCAAAAGUUCAAAAUAGUGGUAUUCCCCAAGGAACCCUUAUAAGAAGGCACAGAAUUCCACUGCCUGCACCAAAUGAUGAUCAGUAUUACACAGUUGAUCACUUAAACAUCGGAAAGGACAUAAAAUUGUACUCAAGAAGUUUUCAUAUCACGGGUUGUGAUGAAUUUACAAACAACUUUUUACGAAAGCUUGGCGUUAGAGUUAAUCAUGCACGAUCAACCCCAGGUGAUCCAUAUUCAGACCACCGAAAAGAGCUAACGGAAAGUAUGCAGCCUUUGCGACCUUACGAAAAACUUGACACUCUAAGACAGUUUUUGGAAAACGAUCGCAAGGUCUUGAGGUUUUACUGCCUUUGGGAUGACACUGACAAUAUGUUUGGGGAUCCAAGAGAAAUGGUAAUGCAUUAUUUUUUGGCUGACGACACUGUCGAAAUACGAGAGAUUAUCCAAGGCAAUUCAGGGAGGGAUGCAGUGCCUCUUUUCCUUCGACGACAGAGACUUCCAAAGCAACUGACACCGUUGAACCAGCCUGGGAAAAUGACCAAGCGAACUGUCCUUAAUGUUUUCGGACCAAUGGGACAAGGUGGGAGGUACAUUUUGGAUAGUCUAAAGACAGGGGCAGUACAUACUGAUUACUACAAUGAUGCUGACUUCACCAUUGGCUCCGAAAUAAAUGUAUGGGGAAGAAGGUUCAUAAUCUGUGAAUGUGAUGAAUUCACGCGUGAAUUUUACAAGUCAAAAUAUGGCUUAGAGGAAUUCCCGGCUUUAACUUACAAAUCUGAACCUUUUACAAACAAAAGUAAAGAAAUUCCACCGUACAACGGAUUUGGGUCCGAGGAAGACUCAUUAUGCAACUGCCUCAGUCUAAUUCCAAAACCACCGAAACGAGAUUUCAUCAAAUUCAUGGAAAAGGAUCGCCAUGGCUUAGAGAGCAAUGUCCUUCGUUUUGUUGCUCGUAUGGACACGACCAGGCCAAUCGAUAUGGAUCGCAGGUUCAUCGUCUCCUACUUCCUCUCUGAUGAUACUAUUCUUGUGUUUGAGCCUCCGCAGAGGAAUUCAGGAAUUAUCGGUGGCAAAUUUAUCGAACGAAGGAGGAUUAAAACCCCUGAUGAAGCCAACUAUUAUACGGCUCAGGACCUCUUCGUUGGAAACAAAGUGGAACUAUGCAAGCAUGCGUUCAUCUUGAUCGACGCCGACGAGUACGCAAUAAGAUACAUGGAAGCUCAUCCGGCAUUGUUUCCGCAAGCGAGCAUCAAGCAGAUACUCCCGAAAUUAUCCCAACUCACGGCGAGUGCUAAGGACGAAUUCAAACGCUUUCUCGAUGCAAAUGGAGGUCAUACUUCCUUUGAGGAUUUCCGACAAUUUCUUCUUGGAGUUUCGGAGGGUGUUCUUACUGAGCAUGAAAUUGUCACAGUUGCUAGGGAAUUCGGUGAGAAAAUGCAAGAAGAAGAUGACAUCGAGGUUCUCGUGGCGACUCUGCAAGAAGAGCUUCGAAAAGUCAAUUAUGAGAGUUUCUCAGCAAUGAUGGACGCCUGUAUUUACCAAGAUGAGAAUGGCUCUGGCUAUAUCCCAAUUCAGGAUCUGUGGAACAUCACAAAAUCUUUCAACGUGCCAGUGAAAAAUCAUCUGCUCCAAGCCGUGCUUGCAAGGCUUGAUAAAAGUGGCUCCGAUGAAGUGAAUUACAAGCAGUUUAUAGAGUUCCUGAACUGGAGAGACUUCCCAGUAAUGACGCAAAAAUUCAAGCCCACGUUGGCCUUUGGUGUUCAGCUGCCAGAGCGCAUUGGUCCUAGAGAAGGGAUCUCAGUCGUGAAACUCCAGCCACUUUAUGAUGCUCUUGGUUUUACUGAUUGAGCCAUUUUCUGAGAACUUCAAAAGUAAAUAAACAUAACAACUGUGGCUGUAUGUAUUUAAAAGUUUUUAAUUUGCUUGUAUUAUUGUAAAUUAUAUUCUUGGUUGGCAUAAAAGGAUUUCUAUUCAA